CAAGCUGCUCCGCGUGCCCGGCCGCCCGGUUCCCUUUCCUGGCACCUUGGGCCACCCCAGCCGGUGCGUGCCGAGGCUCCGGCACGAAGCAGCCCCCCGUGCCAGGCCGGCUGCCGGGGAUGGCCGCGGCGAGGCCGGACCUGUACGAGAGCCUGCAGAUCCGCUACCCACCCAGCCCCACGCAAGCACCGGCACCCAGAUCCCCUCCGGCCGCACCCCGCUGGGUGCUGGGCACCGUCCUGGCCGUGGGCACCGGCGUGAUCCUGGUGCUGGGGGCCACCCUGGCAGCCCUCAUCACCCUGUACGUGCAGGGGCAGGCAGAUCUGCGGGCAGCGCAGGCAGAGCUGGCGGCACUCAGCUCCCUUCUGCUGCCUGACGGUGCCCGCAGCCCCAGCGAGACCCCGGCAGCAGCGCAGCAGAGGAAGGAGAAGCUCGGUAACGUCCCUGGCGGGGUGACACCCACGCCGGGGCCCCCCUGGCCCCCCCCAGCCGGGCCCGCGGCCCCACGGCUGCCCUCCCCGCAGGACAGUGGCUGCAGGGGCUGUCCCUGGGCUGGCGGUACCACCAGGGCAAGAUCUACUUCUUCUCGAGCGAUCGGAAGCCCUGGGGACGCGGCGGAGGCGGCGUGCCGCUCCACGCACGCCCGCCUCACCUCCAUCACCAGCCCCGAGGAGCAGGACUACCUGGCGCGGGAGGCGAGGGGAGGAACCUACUGGAUCGGGCUGGUGGCCACGGGCCCCGGCGGCUCCUGGCGCUGGGUGGACGGGGCUGCCUACUCCCAGGCCCAGAGUUUCUGGGCAGCAGGACAGCCGGACAACACGGACUACGGACAGUUGGGCCGGGAGACCUGUGCCCAGAUCCACCCCGUGGGCAACGGCCUGUGGAACGACCAUAACUGCAACUUCACCUUCUCCUGGAUCUGCAAGAGGGACCUGAGCCCGCCCUGAUGCCCCGCCGGCCCCGCUGCCGGCCCACUCGCCCGCCGGAUGAGCCCCCCAGGGAGCUCCGCUCCCCCCUGACGCAGGGCAGCUCCCAAGCGAGCAUCCCCGCCACGACGCUGCCGCCGGUGGUGCCGUGGACCCCGGUGCCACGCCGGCGCUGCCCUCUGCACCGAGACCCCUUCGCUGGGCCUUGAUUAAAUCGCUCCCGCUGCA